CCCGGAUCGAUCCGAGUUCCCUUCUCAACCGACGCGGCCGCUGCUUCGACUACAUCACCUCGAUCGCUUGAUCCAUCAGCACCCGCCCUGCUGUGAACACCUGCUCCGAUGAGGCUGUUCGUGUGCUUCGGCGGCUCGGCGGCCGUCGUGGACGACGACGCGGCCGGCGGCAUCGAGGCGGCGGCGGCGGCAUCAGCUCGCCGCCGCCGACACCAGCGGGGGUCGUCGUCGUCGUUCCGGGGGAAGUUCUUCUUGUCCGGUAGCCGCAGCAAGGGCACGACGAGGAAACCGUCGUCGGGGCCGGAGCCGUCGCCUCCGUCAGAGGAGAAGGAGCGGGCGGGGGACGCCGACGCCGCCUGGGGCUUGCACACGGCGUCAUGGUCGGUGCCGUCCUCGGCGCUGCUGAGCUCCGAGGAGUCGCUGGACUUGGACCCGUGCUCGGCGACCUCCCGCUCCUCGGCCUCGGCCUCGGCCUCGGCCUUGGUCUCGGGGGUGUUUUUCCCGCCGCCUGCUCCGAAGCGGGAGGCGAGCAGCAAGGGGUCGUUGACGUCGUCCCCGGCGGCGGGGGCGGCGGCCGUGGUGCUGUGCCUCCUGAUGGUGGUGUUCUGCGGCCGGGUCGGGGCGACGGUGCUCACGUCCACCGCGCUCUACCUCUUCCCGCGGCGAUGGCCCGGGAGGCCGACGCAUAAGGAGGGCGGCGUGGAAUCGAUGGAGCGCGACGCCGAGGCGGAGAUGGUGAACAGGGAAGGUGGUUAUGGAAAUACAGAGGGGUUCUUGGUGAUGAACCGCAACAGCUGAUCACCGUCAUUUUUUUCUUCUCAUUUUUUUUGUUGUUGGAUGAAGGACGAAGAGUUUACAGCGAUUAACUUUUUUUUGUCCAAAAGAGUUUAUAUAGUUGAAAAUUUUAGAAAGUUUGACCAGCAGAAAUCAUAAAAUGACACGUAUGUAUUUAACUAGAGGGAGUAUGCUGUUUAAUUAUAAAACUAGGUGGCCUACCCCGC